UACAGUACUGUCAAAUGGUGACUCGGUUACAUCACAAGCUGUUGAGUUUAAAGAAUUAUGUAGCCGUGCAAUAAAUGGUGUCCAUGUGUCCGAGGUGGCCGCGUCAGAGUUUUGACGCGAGGCAGACGGCACCUACCAGGCCCUGACCAAUCGUGUCGGUACUUGUGAGGAGAGAGGUCUGAGCUGACCAAUCAAAUUGAUGGUGCUCGUGGAAUGGACAGACUCCAUGAUGCAGUCGCAUGGUAUCAGAAAAAGAUUGGUACUUAUGACAAACAGCUUUGGGAGCAAUCAGUUGAACAAAAGGUUUUAAAGGGUAUUCAACAUGCCCCACGAAAGAGUGGCCGGGUGAAGACUGAACUGAUUGACGUGGACUUAGUGAGAGGUUCAACCUUCUCCAAAGCCAAGCCACAGGUACCAUGGACGGCCAUCACCCAGCGGGCAGUCCUCAGGGUCCUAUUCUUUCCACUCUACUACAAAUGGUGGGUUCAGCAGACGUCACGAAAGUUCUGGUGCUUCUUGCUGUUCCUGUAUCUGUUACAGGUGUCUACAGCCAUCGUCUACAUCAUGAACAUGGGAGAGUACAUCACAGAGGAGAACGUGACCUUGACGGAAGUGGUAGUUCCCUUUGUGUUGAUGGUCAUCCUGGCUCUUGUCCACUCUCAGACAGUACUGACUCACUGGUCACACAAGCCACUGGUGAGAGAUAACAAAUCCAAACGGGAUGGGCUCGACCUAGAACCAGGAAGAGCAGUGCACGUAGUCAGGGGUUAUGUGACCAGGACGACAAGUCUCGCACAGAGGGAAAAUCUCCCAAAUCAGAGCAACAAAAAAUCUCCUGGUAAACAACAACAAUCUCAGCAGCAGACCGGCGCCAGCUCUGCUCGAUCAAGUCGCCAUGGUUCAGCCGAGCAAGGCAAACAGAGUCGACUAAACAGUAAUGUUGGACGCACUCCAGGCUCUGAAAAAGAGCAAAGUAGCAGCAAAGAGGAAGAUUUUCAGCCACCUACGACGAGUGAUAUGAUCGUUAACUGUAACGGAAGUGUUACCAAGGAGAUGAAAACAUGUGUGGUCGUGAAGAAGUGUAAGGGUGUGUUGUGUGACAACCACUCAAAUGUGGCAAAAGGUGUGACAAGAGCCAUUGGAAUGUCAUCUCAGCAGGCUGAUGUGUCGCAAGAUGGCCGACUGAAGGAUUCAGCAGAAAUCUUUGUAAACUGUGAAAACUCAGGGAAUUCAAUCAAGGUGAAGCAUAGUAAUGCCAAAAACUGUGAUAAAAAAUGCCCCGUGAACUUCUCGCGACACGAGUGGAAGCGACAAGGGAAGAUAACUUUGGCUGGCUGCCAGGGUAAUGGUCCUUGCUCAGGGAUCACACUGGAUGACUGCGACAAGCAGUGUAAAGCUAAUGGAACAUCUGGGGAGGAUAGUUCGGGAAGCUUGGGGAAAUUUGAGAUUUUGUCUGUAAACAGACAAGAUCUUAGCUGCAACACAACACCAGGAAAAUGUAGGUCUUGUGGCGAGCGGAACUUUUACCAAGACACGUUGCGUGUGGACGGUUCUGCAUGUGACAGCACUUUUGCUCUCAUAGAGGACAGCUUGGAUGCGAGUUUUAGCAAAGAUGAGGAAGAAACAACGAGCAAUGAUGAUGAGCUGGACUCAACACUCGUCGAUCGAGAAGUUCGCAGGAAGCGUUUCAAGAAAAGUGAGUCUCGAGGCAAAGACUGUAAAUCUCAUCAUAACUCAUUGUGCAGGAGUCGUAGUCUUCUUGAAGAAGUAACAAAUACUUGCUCCCGAGGGUGUGAAACAGAAGAACGUGCAGAUCUGGAGAGGUCCACGCAAAGGGAGGCUAAUCAAAGCACCUCUCUAAGGGAAAAUAGAUCGGAGACUGAGGAUGAUGUUGGAGACAGUGACUUUUUUAAAAUUCGUAGGACAUAUUCUUCAGGACAUAACGGUGUGAGACGACGCAAAAGCGGAGGGACAUGCGAUGUUGCCGCCCAUGAGUCUGCGAGUUUUGGGACGCGAACGAGGAGGGUACCCACGUCCCUCGGGGUGAGAAUGCAGGACCUGAAGGAAAGCACGGGUCUCAGCUCCUCAGAUGGGGAGACAAGCCCCGCUUCUCCUCUCUUCUCAAAGGGGGCGCUCAGCUCUGAGGAAUGGGAGUUCCGGAUCCAGUCAGACGUAGCGACAUCGACGUCAUCAGCCAGCAGUUGUGCAUCGGAUCGUGAGAUGUCAGAGGGGGAGCUGAACACUGUGUCCGUGUCUUCCCAUUCCCAUAAUGCACCUCAACCUGAUAAAGUGAGCUGUGUGAUAUGGGAAGGCAAUGAGUGUAAGAAAGUCGAUCUCACAGCCCUGGACAUCGGCUGGGCCAUCAUAGAAAAGGUGGACUCCAUCGCAGAGAGCUCUGACUACAUUCUGAUUGGCCUAGCCUUCUCGGUCCUCAUGGGCCUGGUUCCCUUGGCAUUUCGUGCUUACCUCAGCAAGACGAACCUUGAUAUUACUUCCCUGCACGGCCUCGUCACAAUCGUUUACAGCAUAAUGGAUAACCCGUGGAGGUUGAACCUGAUUGCCUUUAAUGGAAUCUUACAGAGAUUUUGUCUCAGUAUGAUUUUCUUCUUCUUACUCUCGGUGGCAGACCGCACCUUUAAACAGAGGCUUCUGUAUGCCAAACAUUUUUGUUACCUAACCUCUUCGCGGAGAGCCAAGAAGUAUGACAUGCCUCACUUCCGGCUGAAUAAAGUGAGAAACAUCAAGAUGUGGCUCUCCUUACGCUCUUAUCUCAAGAAACGUGGUCCCCAGCGCUCGGUUGAUGUGAUUGUGUCAUCAGCAUUUAUGUUGUCCAUAAUUCACCUGGCCAUGAUGUGUAUACAGUUACUGAAGGACACUGAUAAGUUCCUGGAUUCUCUGUGUAACUGGGAGCUGUGCGCCUGGUGCCUGGCCCUCGGGGUCUACCUCCUCCGCUUUAUGACCUUGGGGCUGAAGAUCAACAAGAAAUAUCGCAACCUCUCUGUACUUAUCACAGAGCAGAUUAACCUGUAUCUACAAAUGGAGCAGAAACCUCACAAAAAGGAAGAGCUGAUGCUGGCGAACAAUGUGCUGAAACUAGCUGAAGAUCUGCUCAAGGAGUUAGAGAGUCCCUUCAAGAUCUCUGGAAUGUCUGCCAAUCCGUUUGUUUACAACGCCACCAAAGUUGUGUUGCUCUCAGCAUUUUCAGCUGUCCUCACAGAACUGCUUGGCUUUAAGCUGAAACUUUACAAGAUCAAAAUACCCUAGAUUGUGUUGUG